UCGCGAAUCGUUGACAAAAGCAUGGGCUAUAGAGUGCGCAAGGAUAAGGGUAGGAUCUCGAAAACGCGCAGCGUCAAGCGACCUACUUCCAAGGAUCUGCCGAUCUCGUACUUGCAAAAAUGCGUGGGUGGCGAAGGAACGAGGAAGGCGAGAAAGUACAUUAAGAAGGCACUAGACUUUGCUGUCGAGUCUGGUUAUCUCAUUCCUUCUGACUCUACGUAUAAAAUUCUACACGUUUCUUCGGAUUUGAUGAAAAGUGAUCCUCCGACGAGCAGAAUUAACACAUGUGAUAAGGCCCUGUCUAAGGAGCGCGACACACCAACCAGGCUCGAAGACUUCCAAGUGCAAGAGCAAAGGAGAAGACGAAGGAGAAGACGAACGAGACGAAGGAGACUCACACGGGGUCGAAGAUCGAGAAGCGACUCGAGAAGACGUCGCAGAAGCAGGAGGAGGAGGAGGAGAAGGAGGAGGAGGAGUAGGAGCAGGUCACCCAGCAGAGUGCGCAGUAGAAACAGCAGCCCGCAGAAUCCCGAAGAGGUUGCCGAGGAUGAGGCGGACGAUUACGAGAUGGAUGAGAACGAUCGAAAGAGCAAUAUUCACACGGGCGACAUAGAAAGGGAGCCAAAGACCACGCGAUCGAACCAGCCCGACGAGGGGCAAUCCACGAAGAAGACUAGAGAAAACGACUCGGAUUUAUCUGUCGACGAGGAUGAAACAGACGACGAGGAAGAUAAAAAGAGGACUGACAUUACGAAAUCUUAACCAUCGAACCUCAUUACAAUUUUUUU